UCUGCAAAUAAUUCUUAAAGUAGGUUGCGUUUCAGUUCCUUGAAUUAGCCUUUCCAUCAUCUUUUACCAAUGGUUUGGAAACAAUACUAGCCUAUACCACAUAUAUCUAUUUAUCAAUAUAUAUAUAUUUAUAACAACCAACUACGGAUACAAAAACUAUAAGCAUAAAAAGCGGGUUGUUUUUUAUUCUGUGUGUGUUAAAUUCAAUUUAAUACAAACAAGGAGUUCAUUCUAACUUGCACGCUGUCGCCUUAAACCCAGCAACUGGCUACGUAAAAAACUUGGAUAGAUCCCCAAAGGUGCCCUUUCUCAUAAUUUAUAUAACCAUUUCAACAGGGACUAUAGAGCCUUAGCAGUUUGGCAAUUGCACAAUGAUCCUAGGAGCUCUAUCUUUCAUAUUUGGGGGAUGUUGUUCUACAGCAUACACACUUGAAGCAAUUGUAAGAGAAUAUCCAAAAAGUGGAUUAUUAAUUACAUUUUCUCAAUUUGUAUUUAUAACAAUAGAAGGUUUGGUAUACUUUUUAUUAUACAACCCUUCCGCAUUGAAGAGUCCCAAUGUGCCCAGGAAACGCUGGAUGUACAUAGUAUUCCUUUUUUUUAGUAUAAACGUCUUAAAUAAUGUUGCUUUGGGGUUUGAUGUUUCUGUUCCUGUACAUAUAAUUCUUCGAAGUAGUGGGCCACUAACUACUAUGUCUGUGGGAUGGAUGCUAGCGAAUAAGAAGUAUACUAUUUUACAAAUGAUAAGUGUUGUCUUCUUAACAAUUGGUGUUGUAAUCUCAGUUCUUGGGAAUGCAAAUGAUAUUCAUGUUCACAUGUCUUCGACGACGAACUUUACGAUCGGCUUCACGAUAUUAAUGGUCACUCAGCUUCUGGGUGCGUUUAUGGGAUUACUUUUGGAAGACACAUACAAGAAAUAUAACGCUAGUUGGAGAGAAAGUUUGUUUUAUACUCACGCCUUUUCAAUUCCCUUUUUUCUGCCACUGUUAGGUUCCAUCCGAAGACAAUGGAUGCUUUUAUUCACAGACUCUAAGAGUUCCAAUCUCUAUUUUUUUGGGAUGCCACCAGCCUUUUGGUAUAUUUGUCUAAACACAUUGGCACAAUACGUGUGUGUACGGGGUGUCAAUUCUCUUGGUUCCCAGAGCUCUGCAUUAACUGUAACCAUCAUCCUGAAUAUUCGUAAAUUUGUGAGUCUUUGCUUGAGUAUUCUUUUAUUCGGUAAUCGACUAAGUGGUGCUGUUGUACUUGGAGCUUGUUUGGUAUUCGGUUCUAGUGCAACAUAUGUUUAUAGCCGACCUACGGCGAAACAAAACAACGUUGAAAGAAAGAAAAAAAAGAGCACUUGAGCCGAUCAUACGGAUAACGCUUGUAUUCUAUAGUUAAUGUUUUUAAGAUGCGUAAUGAAUUGCAACCGUCAAGUAGACUACGAGCUAUUUAAAAAACCAAAAAGAAAAGGAUUUAAUUUCACAAGCGUGGAAGUAAACCGACAUACCAAUGCUGAAAUUUUUGAGCAGAAGAAGGAAAACUUUGAGUAGUUAGUUCUAGUAAAUGUUUAAUUUCCAAAAACACCGAUGGUGUCAAGGUUAUAUCCUGCCAAUCGUCACCCUGCAAAUUAUCUGGUGGAUCAUAG